AUGGCGGAUCCAGAGAACGCCGAAGAGGCAAAGACCUUGCGAUACGCUUUUGGCAAUCUUCUCUCCUUUUGCAUCAUUCUCUUGAUUGGAGUCCUCGUUUUCUCUAUCCGUCUCUUCUCUGUAAGUUCCUCCAAUUCUGUAUAUCCAAACACUCACUAUCUAAUUGCUGUGGAACUGUUUACCUGGUUUGACCUUGACAGCGGGCACAAUUUGGUGUCUGAUAUCAGGAUAUUGAAUUCUUUGAAUAUUCCUUUGUCCCUGGAGACUGUUUGUGUAUUCACUGCACCAAUCUUCUCUGCAUUUGCUUCAUGGGCCACUUACCUUUUUACCAAGGAAGUUAAAGGUGCUGGUGCUGGUCUGACAGCAGCGGCUCUUUUGGCCAUGGUUCCAUCAUACAUUUCUCGAUCAGUGGCUGGCAGCUAUGAUAAUGAAGCUGUAGCUAUAUUUGCUUUAAUAUUCACUUAUUAUCUUUAUAUAAAGACACUGAAUACAGGAUCCCUCUUUUAUGCGACUUUAAAUGCCUUGGCAUACUUCUACAUGGUUUGUUCAUGGGGAGGGUACACCUUCAUAAUUAAUCCUAUUCCAAUGCAUGUGAUUCUCUGCAUUGUGACUGGCCAGUUCUCUUCCCGAUUAUACAUAGCAUAUGCUCCCCUUGUUGCAUCAUGGUGGGACUAUGUUAUCAAACAACUGCUAUGGCAAACCGAACUGUCAUUGUUGACAAAAAUACCUGGAAUAACACACAUAUUGCAACUGUUGGCAGUGCCAUGUCUUCUCCUGAAAAGGCAUCCUGGGAAAUCUUUAACUCCCUGGAUGUAAAAUAUGUUCUAGUAGUCUUUGGAGGCUUUCUUCUCCUUUUGCUUAGAUCGGCACUCUUCUCAAAAUAAUUAAAUUAAUAAUGAAAAAGGCGGAAACAUUUGAAAAGUUCUGAUGAGUUACAUGGCUGAUUAGAUCUUGCUGGCUACCCCAGUGACACAUAAAUAAGUUCCUGUGGAUGGUCCUUAUGGGAUCCCCCACAUCAAGGAGCCUGAUUACCUGAGAGAUGGCCAGUAUCGGAUUGAUACUCAGGCUACGCCAACCAUGCUAAAUUGCCUCAUAUACAAACUCUCUUAUUGCAGGUUUGUGGAAACUGAUGGUAAAGGCUUUGAUAAGAGUUUAGACGAACAGAAAUCGGGAAGAAACAUUUCAAACUUACCCCUUUGAGGAG